GCCUCCAGGGGUGGCCUAGAGGCGGCCCAGCGCCACUGCCGAGCGGCUGAGGCAGUCGGAACCCAGAGCAAGUUCAGCCAUGUCAUCCUGGCCUGUGUGGGAGCAGAAGUCGGGCCCCAAGGGUUUGGAAAAGAACGGAGUGGGCGUGGAUGGCUGCACAGAGACAGCUGUGGCCGCCGGGAGGAGCUUCCGGGAAAUAACCUCUGAUUCUAGAAAAAAGACUCAUUUUCCUUGAUAAAAUGCCAGCAGUGAAAGCCUCCAGCCGAGAAUUAAGGAACAUAGAAGACCCCCUGAAUAAUGAAGUGCCCCUCCUUUUGAAGAGCCUGGUGGAGGAGCCCAAGAGAAGAGCAGAAGUACCGAAUCACCUCCUCGAAUCAAAGAUUUAUGCCAAACUUCUGAAUAAUAAUGCUAUACAAGCAAGACCUGGCAUAGUGCAUUUUGGAGGCUAUCAAAUAGAAAAACAGCACCAACAGAUUCUGCACCUGGCCAACAUUUCUGAUGAAGACACACAUGUUCAUAUUUUACCCCCGCAAACCAAAUACUUUCAGAUCAGCUAUGUGAAAAAGGAAAACCGCCUCAUCCCUGGCUUGUCCCUUGCAGUCACCAUUACAUUUUCUCCAGAUGAGUGGCGCUACUACUAUGACUGCAUCCGCAUUCACUGUAAGGGAGAUGACACCUUGCUUGUUCCUAUCCAUGCCUAUCCUGUCAUGAACACCCUGGACUUCCCCACAUUCAUAAAUCUAUCAAAUGUUCUCCUUGGUGAGAGCAAAACUUACAUUAUUCCUUUGCGGUGCAGCUGCCCUGUGGAUUUCGAAUUCCAGGUCUCUUUGAUUCAGUCUCACCAAGCCUUCGUUAUUGAGCCAACAUCAGGAAUAAUUCCGGCUAAUGGCAAGACGGAUGUGACUAUAAAGUUCACACCCUUUCAGUAUGGCACUGCACAGAUCAAAAUGCAGUUAUGGAUUUCACAGUUCAACUCUCAGCCAUAUGAAUGCAUCUUCACCGGAACGUGCUAUCCCAACCUGGCCUUACCAUUAGAAGAAUUUCAAAGAUUAAAUAGUCUUUCUAAGAAAGUCAGUGUUCCUCCAGAAAAAGCAAUGAGACAUAUAAGCUUUCACCAACUACCAGCAAAGAGAGCACCUCCAAAGAUGAAGGAAAUCGAGUACCAGAAUCUGAGAUUUCCGGUAGACUUAUCAAAUCCAUAUGCUGUGGCAACUGUUUUAAACCAAGAACCAGGAAAACUGAGGAUUAAAGAAUUAAGAGAAGUUUUGGACCAAGGCACAGAGACGUCAAAAACAAGACAGAUGAAGGAGGCGCUCUUUGAACAGAAAGUCAGACAAACCGCUUAUGAAGAGAUGGAAAAUCACCUUAAAUGGCAGGUGCACCUUGGGAAAGAUCAUAUGUCUUUCAAAUUUAGAAAAGAGCUUAUUGAGGAGCAGCAAAGACUCUACACCAACUAUAAGUUAGAUAGAGGAGAUCCUGUACCGGAAGAGGAAUUUCAGCGACUCAAGACAGAAGUUAACCAUAAACGGGUUGUUCGCAAUCUAGAAGAGAAUGCCAUAGAUUUGAAACCUAAUUUUGACCCACUUGUUAAUAAUAAUUGGCUCAGCAGGUUCAGAGCACAAAGGCAAUUUCAACAAGCAGUGUGCAAGAUCAUGCUUCAGCAACGGUUACUAAGAACACUAACAGCGGUCCGUAAAAUAGACAGAGAGGGUAUACUACAAAAGCAAUAUCAAGUAAAGCAAUCAUUAAUGCAAGACAAGCAUCCCUGCAAGUCCUGGCAGUCAGGAGCCAGUCAGGAGGAUUGCUCUUGCCGGUUGUCAGUGUCACCCAAGGAAGUGCUGCCCUUCACCUUCCCAUCCUACAACCCUCCCCAGGACUCCAGUGAGCUGGCUCCUGAUGGUCUUGGACUGGUCCCAAUUAAGCCUUUGGAUGUUCAAAUUAAGCAGAGUUAUUCCUUCUUCAAUUUGCAGGUUCCUCAGCUAUACAAAAUUAAGAGAUACCAGCCAUUCUCUGUGCAUAAGUCUUCAACAAGUUAUAAAUCUCAAAAGCUCGCACGGCCUCUGAAGCAAGGAGCUGAGGAUGAAGUCACCACCAUCAUAGCACUACCAAAACUGGAUUCAACAUCUCCACACUCUGGCAAGUCCUCAAUCUUGAGUAUGAAACCACCUGAGAGCUUAGCCAAGUCCGUAGACUACUACCCACUUUAUGUCUUUAAUCCCAGUCCAGGCUUAUUUGCUGUGAAGCACCCUCUGACUUAUUCAGAAACGUUGAUAGAUUACCAUCUGUGCACUCACCCCAAGUACAAGUUCACCCAUGGGUUGCACCGUGGCUCCAGCAUUCCCCUCACCCAGAAGCAGUUUCUCCAUCACACGGACAUUAUUCCUGAAAUUAUGCAUUGGAAGAGAUUCCAGUCCCUGGCCCUCUCAGCCCUGCCUGACCCUUCCAAGACAGAGCCUUCUCACAGCUGUGACUACAACCAAGUCAUGCUUCCUGUAGACACCCCUGUCCUUCUGGACGCUUUGCCUGAAGAAGACCGACUGGAAGCUGUUGAAUGUGAGCUCUGUGAACACAGUACAGAAGUUACAUUGACUCCAGAAAUGAUCCAAGCGGAAUUCUUCAUCUUGGACCAGAAGGACACCAAGAAAGAAGCAAAAGACCAAACACAACCAGCAGAGAAGGCAGGAGAAAAGUUGCUUGAGGAGAUAAAGAAUCUGCAGAGCAAAGCUCUCAACACAUACCUGAUUAUAGAAUAAAAUUUAUCCUGAGGUCAGCUCAUUUACUUCCUGCAGGUCAUUGGAGUCCUUUAUGUUUUACAUUCCAAUCAUUUCUGCAAUUGAAAUUUCUAGAGAAGAAAAUUGUAAUAUGGAUAUAAAAAUAAUUUAAAUUAUAUAUAUAUUUUAAAAUAAAAUGAUAUGAUGACAAUGUUAGAAGCUUCUUGGUGCAAGAUUUAGUUCUAGAACAAAGCCUUCUGGAGCCAGAUGUAGGUCCUGUGAUGAGAGACAGGCAGGCACUGUUGGGGAGGACACUGCUCUCCUGCCUCUGCACAGAACCAGCUCUCCCAGGAAGAGCACCAUUGGUGUGGGCACUGGCUCCCAAAUAGCUGUACCAGGGCAGACACUGAUAAAGGGAGACUGGGCCUAGAGAGGACACUGAGUGAUGAUUAGAGCUUACGGAAUGGUUUUGGAACCCUGGGAACAUAAAGGCUGCACUCCCACAGACCCUGGCAGGGGGUUACUCUGAAGAAGCAGGAAUCUUGAUGAAUGUGUCUUGGUAAAAACAAGCCUUUUGAUUAUGUUUGUUAACAUUAUUCCAUUCAUACGACACAGACUAGUAAGACUGAAGAUGUUACAAUAACCAAUAAUUGUCCAAGCAUAUUUGACUAUAUUCUCUCCACUCAUUUGCCAAUGCACAGGUACAUAUACACAUGAGGUAUGAUAAAAAUACAUGCAAAUGUUUAAAGUAAAACUUUUUAUUAUAGUAAUACACACAUUGCCAUUACCCCCCUCAAAAUAUUCCCCCUGGCUUUAAACACACUUAUCGCAUCAUUCUUGCCAUUUUCUGAAGCAGUUCUUGGAGUCCUCCUUCAUGAGUAUCUUUACUAGGUGAUCAAAAGUAGAUGAACGCUGCUGCUGAGCGCCACUCCACAGAAAACAGACUCGUAAAAACACUGUAGCAUAUUCUCUGGCUCAUCCCCAAACUCAAAAUGACCACAAAAGGUAAAUGUUUUUAAUCCGUUCAGGAUACUGAGGUAGCCAGGACAGCACAACUGAAGACACUCAUGAAAAAAAAUUUCAGAACUGCUUUAGAAAGUGGCAAGAACAAUGUGAUAAAUGUGCCUGAAACAAAGGAGAAGACCUGUUUUGAGGGGAAUCAAUGGCAAUGUGUCUUUCACUGUAACAAAUUUUUUAAAGUAAACAUUUAUCCUGUGUUUUUUAAUUGAACCUCAUAAGUCUAUCUCAGCUUCUGUACCUAUAAACAACAGCAAAUUCUUCUAUUUUCUUCCUGCCUUAAAGGCCAUCUUAAGGCUGUGGCCCCUUGGAAAGCUUGUUCUUGGGACAGUGCUGAGAAUCUAGUGCCACCUGGUGGAUAUCGAGGCCACAAAAAAGCCUCUUCUAUUAAGUUGUAAACGUAGGUCCAUUCCAACCACUAACCAAAAUAACUUAUAAAUUAUCAUCAUUUUCUUCCUUUUUUUUUUUUUUUUUUUUUUGAGACAGGGUCUCACUAUGCAGUUCAGGCUGGCUUUUAACUCACAGCAAUCUUCCUGCCUCCACUUCCCAAGUGCUGGGAUUAUACACCACCAUGUCCAGUUUCUUCCUUUUUUAAAGAUGAUGUUUAGGUGGGGAACCUUAUCUGUAUUUUCUUCUGCAAUAAAUCCCAUAAGAAAUUUCCUUUAGUGAAACAUGGCCAUGUGAAGUUUAGGGGUUCUUUGUGGGAUCAAUUAUGCAAGUUCUCCAAGGAUUAUGGAUAUAAUCAAGGCCUGGCUGAGUGAAUGAGAAUCUUGCUGUCUUUGGAUCCCUGAAAGCUCUCUUUCUCUUACACUGACUUGGAUUAUUAAAUCAUUUUCUGAGACCCAAGAAAAAAUGUAACCAAAGAUUCUCAGGAUAAUGUGCUGGAGUUCUUUCAUUUUAGAAAUAAUUAUAAUUGCUUCCUUUUUCAGGAGCUUUUAUUUGGUGAACUCUUUUCUCAAUAAUCUUGUCUUGGUCAGAUUCCCAUUACUGGGAGAAAAAGCAUCUGCAAUUUAAAAGAAGAAGAGCUUUAUUUGGAUCACGGUUUCAGAGGGUUCAGGCCAUGGUUGCCUGGUUCUAAUGCAGAAAUACUAUGGCAGAAGAGCAUGGUAGAGAAAAAAGAUGUAGAGAGCAGAAAGCCCCAUGUCCCACCCAGAUACCUAAAAGUAUGCUGUACUAAUCUCCUGGCAUCUCUUAAACCAGUCAAAUUGACAACCAAAAUUAAUUAUCACAAUUCCUUACAAAAUUCUGAGACACAGAGUAACUAUAGGUUACUCAUUCCUUAUCCAAAAUGCUUGGACCAGAAGUGUUUCAGAUUCUAGCUUUGUCCUGAUUUGGGGGUCUUUUCAUAUAGAUAAUAAGAUAAGUUGGAGAUAAUACUAGGUUUAAACACAAAUCCAUUUCUGCUAUAUAAACAUCUUACACACAUAGUAUAGAGGUAAUUUUAUACACAUUUGUUGUUCCUGUGUUUGACUAUGACCCAUCACAUAAGAACAGGUGUGAAAUUUUCCAUUUGUUCCGUCUUCUCAUAUUGAAUUUGGAGCAUUUCACAUUUCAAAUUAAAUAUGCUAAUUUUUUAUAUUUAUUAAUUAUAAAUGUUACUCCUGUGACAUGCAUUGGGAAACUGAUGCCCAGAGAAGUUUCUAAACAGAAUUAACAGAAGAGCCAGGUUUAGGCAGAACAUAGAAUUCUACUAAAAGAGAACAUUAUAACAUUAUAAUCAAUAGAAGCAUCAAUGCUUUAGAUUCAUUUUUUAUUUAAACUUUUAGAUUUGGAAUUAGUAGGUAUAAAAGUAAUACAUUGUAAUGUUUACAUUUUCUUUCAUUACUUGUUCUUUAUAAUACAUAAUACAGGAAGACUACAAGUUAGCAAAUAUUUUUCCUCUAAAAAUAAUCAGCUCAAUACUUAGAAAGCAGAUGGCAAGUAGGUGUGGAGGUGCAGAACCCAUGAGAGGAACCCAUUCCAUCCCUGCUACCAAAAAGCAAGCACUGGAAACACAUCUGUGGGUGACAGAGAACAGCCCAGAACACCUCUACUCCAAGCCCUCAGAGAAUACAACUGUUACACUGGGGAGAGGAACUGACGAGGCCGAGACAGCCCAGAGUGCAAUAUGGGAAGUUUUAUUAAAACAGACAGUGAACUGAGGGUAACUAAUGAGACUAUCUUAGUAGAUGGAGUUGACUGACAAGUUAGAGAUACAGACUGUGCAUUAUUAGGAGAGAUUGUUAGGAAGCAGGAAAUCCAACAGUUUGAAGAGCACUGUUGGUAGCAGUUAUUAUAAAAGCACAGUCAUUUAUCUCUCAGUGAUCAGGUAUUAAUCAAAUGGCAUGCAUGGUAGUCAUUAUCAGCUGAUAUCAAAAAGCUUCUGAUAGCAGAAAGACAGAAAGAAUGAUAGUCCGUGGGAAAAUAAGGGUCAUAAAAAUAAGAUGGAUGUGGAGUGCAGCCCAAGAUACAGGUCAGGACUGGAUAUGUUCUCUGUGGAUGACCAUAUAUGCAAUGUGCAUGUUAGGGUUAGUAAAAGGAUUUUUUAUAUAUUUUAAGAAUGAGAGAAGCUGGUAUCUCAAAAAAAGAAAAAAUAAAGAUCUAUAAUUUUAAACAGGGUUAAGUCCUUGGUCAAGUUAAAUUGCAAGUAAUGAUAGGAUCCCAUUACAUCUUAAAAUAACAUAUUCAUAGCAUUUGUCUCUAAUGUGGCAUGCGGUACUGUCAUACCCAGAUUAUGGUCUCAAUUCAGUUCCCCAAUAAAAGGAACUGAGGAUCCUUAGAAAGUAUCUAUUUUUAUAAGUUGGAACAAGGAUAUUUAAGAUGGGCCUGUCUCAUCAAUGUUUUGCCAGAUGAAAGCAGGCUUCCAGAUCUAUCAAAUGCAACCCAACCCCACCCCCGGCCCUCACCACAACCCUCAGUAGUAGGGAUUUAACCCAAGGAGUCCUGAGCUACAACUCAGCCCUAAUUAUUUUUAUUUUGAGACGUGAUCUCACUUAGCUGCCCAGACUGGCUUCAAACUUGGCAAUCCUCUUGCCUCAGCCUCCUGAAUAGGGAGAAAUCCAUCAUACCCAGCUUCCAGCACUUAUCUUAAAGGAUAAAAAUACCAACUUCAAGGAGCUCCCACUGAGCAACUUGUGACAAUUUUGUAACAAUUUGGCAUCAUAAAAAGAAAGCAAUAGUUCUUUGCAAAACUCUAUGAGGCAUGCUUUAAGAAAAAGAGAAAGAGAGAAAAGGAAAAAAUGGGCCGGGGGGAGGGAGGUAUGCAUGAGUAUUUAAUGAUGUUUCCAGGAUAGUAACCAAACCCAAGAAACUGCACGCUAUAUUCAAGUUUUGGUCCAUAUCAUAAUUUCAUCAUUGCAAAUCAAGCAGUUAAAAGAUUCAUUACAAUCUUGGUAGAGGAUGCAAAAUCUGAUCAGCUCUCUACCGAUCUACUGAUACAAAAAAUUGUGGGAGAUUUUACUAUAAUAACACAGACUUGGCAAGUCUAAUUAUCCCCCACAGAAAUGCAUCCUAAUAAACAGCAAAUUAUGAUGGAUCGCCCCGGAAGCCUGUCUGUACCCCACUCCCAUGAAUAUUGGCUCUCUGCUCAUAGCACCUCAGUGGGCAGUGGCUGUAAGGGUGGGUCUGACUGAGUGUGUAACCCAAGGGUGAAGAAGAGAGUCUACUGCAGUAUGGAAGGACACUGGGCUUCCAGUUAGGCUGUCUAUGAUAAGAAUUUGGAAUUAUUCAACUGUUUCACAUGUACUGUAAGUUUAAGAGACCUGAAUCAGUUAAAAGAAUGUGUUACAUUUCCUGUCAAUUGUUUUUUCUAUUUGCAGACAUUGCUCGAAGGACCAACAGGUGUAGCACAGUGUCAGAGCCCUUGCCUAGCAUGUAUGAGGCAAGAAGAUGGCUAGUUCGAAUCCAGCCUGGGCAACCAGCAACUUAGAGACCCUGCCUGAAAAUAAUAAGAAAAAGCUGGGAAGGUAGUUUAGUGCAAAGACCCCAGGUUCAAUCUCUAGUACUAAAAAAAAGAAGAAGAAACCCCUGAGUUUGAAACCCAGUACUGCAUAAAUAAGUAAAUAAAUAAGAUACUUGAAAGCAUACACUAAUUUUGUUUAUUAGUUUCAAAAAACUACUUCAGGGAGGAGAAGGGCUUGGUGGUUAAUUUAUGGCUGGGCCAUAUGUUCAGCUAAACAUUAUUUUGGAAGCGUCUGUUUCUUAAUGAGAUUUAGCAUCUGAAUCAGUAGGCUGAGUCAGGCAGGCAGCCCUCCCUAAUAUCCUAAUGUGGAUGGACCUUAUCAAACCCGCCAAAUAGAACAAAAGGCAGAAUAAGAAAGAAUACCCCCCACUUGGUGCCUGUCUUAAAACUGGGACAUGGAGGUGGCGGUGUAGUUCAGCAAUAGAGCUUUGUCUGCGCACUACCCUGAGUCCAGUCCCCCAACACUUAAAACAACCACAGCAGAAACCUAAGACAUCAUUCUUCUCCUGCCUUCGGAACCAGGCUCAGAUGGCAACCAACACCACUGACUUUGGCUUCUCUGAGUUUCUGAUUUAGUCUGAAUCUAUACCAUAGGCUUCCUUGGGUCUCCAGGCUUCAGAGAGAUCUGGGGACUUCUCAGCCUCCAUAACUGCAUGAAUCAAUUAGAUUUCAUAAACCCCUUUUGAAACACAUGUGCACAUACAAACACAUGAUCUGUUGGUUCUGCUCCUUGGAGAAUACUGACUAAUACAAGGGAUUAGUGUAUUUACGAGAACAACUAACUUUGAUUUACAAGUGUAGUUUGGAAUCUCUAAGAAAAUUUGGCCAAUUUAGUAUAGAAAUUAUGUGGUAUAAAUAAGGAAGUUUUAAAUAAAGCCUAUGGGUUAAUUACAAGUUAAUCAAAGAACAGGUAGAAAAAAAUCUUUUUAUAUGUUACUUUCUGGAUUAAUAAAAGUAUUUGUAAAUUGAGGUCUUGGGCUUAAGAGACAUGGAAUAUUUCAGUUUACUACCUUUAAUCAACUGACUGGUAAUCAAAACAUUAGUAAUUACUGCGUAUUAUUUUCGUGUACAAGAGCCUGCUCAGGUUUGUUUUUUUAGAAAGCUCAUCGGAUUCCCCAUCAUCAUCAUUUCUUUGUGCUGAUUCCUGUGUUUAUUCCCUCGUCUUGUCUCAGUCAUUCACAGCUUGCAGACCUCAUGAAGUCACUUUUACUUUACCUUUGUGUGCUUGGUGCAUCCUCAGCAAGACCUCCCCCCGACCCUUCCCUACUUUUCCUUGUUGUCACCUAGUGUGGCUCUCUUCUUUGAAGACAUAGCAGACAUUUGCCCCCCCCCCCCGACUUAGAAAUGAGGGUAGAGUAGCUGUCCUCUGCGGCAAACCUCAGCUCCUCUUAAAUGCAUGCCAUCAGAUCUUCCCCGUAGACUUCCCAUCCUUGCUGUUAUUAUUUACUCACCCACUAGUCCUUCUUAUUCUUGAAUCAUUUUAGCACCCAGACCCUGGUGUUGUUUGCCAUCCUUACCAGCUUCAACAUCUGCAGAGACAAUGCACCCAAUAUCUUCACUUCCCAUUACUGAGCCUCCUGUCUUGAUUGUACCUGGAAUUUAAUUAUUGGGAAGCCAGCACAAAGAGGUUGAUGCCAUUGCUACCACUAGGAAUUGACUAGCCCUGGGAAUCAGUAUUAAGCAUUAAUACUUCCAGCAUUAAGCAUCGUUUAAUAUAUGGGGAAAUGAUUAACAUGCCUCCUCAACUCUUACUAAUCUUCUCCCCCGGCCAAGCCAUCUCCUCCCAUAGUCAUGUAUCCUUGAGCUUGUCACCACCAGUGUUGACACUACUUCUGCAGUGUUAGAGAUUCCCAUCCCCAAGGUAGCUCAGAGGUAGAGUCAUGGUUAGUGUCACCCAAAAACCUCAUCCUCUCACCACCUCUUCCUUAUAUUUCUACCUGGCUUACUCUGUUGACCCUAUUCCAACAAUCCUGGCUUUUCAAUGAGCCAAUGAUUUUGCCACUUCUCCCUUCUGCAAAGUGCUAAGCAAUUCUGCUGGACACAGUGGGCACUAUAUAAUCCCCACAUUGGACAUCACUAUGCUCCUCCUUAGCUUAGAGCUUACAGUCUGCAUAAUAACUUCUCUGCAAACCCUCUCAACAAACUUGCCUCCUUCUCCCACUUUGUACUUGACUGGCAAACCCUUGCUCUGAUUAAAUUCAGCCAACCAUUUGCCAUCCUUGCACCUGCAUAGGAAGAAAAUCACAACCACUCUACAUUUCUGACCCAGAUCUCAGUGCACUCAAGCUGCACAACACAUAUUACGCUUUCCCUUUCUCUCUCCUCAAGUGAAAUUUUUACAUCUUUUGUGCUUUCUUCAAACCUUCUCCACCUCCUCCAACUAUAUUCUCCAUGGAUAAACCCGCUCCAUAUGUCACUUAUGAAAAAAGAAAGAAGGAAGUGAACCAGUAAAAACAACCUCAUCAUCCCAGCAUGAGUCACCAGCUGGAGCCCAUGGACUGCAGCUUCCCUCUUGUUACAAAGAUGAAUCAUUCCUUUGCUUCUAAGUGGUUCUGCUUGCUGGCAUCAUUAAUUUCUCUCUCAGUGAGCUCACUAUCCUAUAAAUGCACCUCAUGAAACAAAGCAAAACUUUUCCUAGACCUCAGGUGCUCCUGGAGCUACUACCCCAUCUCUGCUCCCUUUUCAGAAAACAGUUGUCUGAUUUCUUACCUCCCCUUCUGUCUUCCAGGAGUCAGACAUUCCCACUCGCCUCUACACUAACCAGCCCUUGUCACAAUUGCCCUAAAAUGUAAUGACCUCCCUCGAGACUUGGGCAAUUAGCUUCUGUGCAUGCCAAGUGUGUGCACGCAUACACACACACACACACACACACACACACACACACACACACACACACCAGCUCUUCACUACCUUCUCCUCAUGCCUCACUGUAUUGCUGGGCAAACACACUGUCCCAUUUCUGCCCUAUGGCCUGGGCACUAGCCACCUUCGCUGUUGGGGAUGCAUUCCACCAUCUUAUUCUCCCCAUCAUGCGGGCCUCAGCUCAAACAUUCUUUCAUCAGAGAGGCCUUCCUUGACCAUCUUAGAACCCCUCUAUCUUACCUUUUAUAACUCUGCCCUCUAGCUUUAGUUCCUUAACUGCCUUAUCUCUGUUGCAUAUUAUCUUUUUUAUGGUUUCAGGUGCUAAAUAAAUGUGUUGACUGAAUAAGCAAACCAAACUCAUCCAACAACAAGUGGUGGGAAGAAGGAAGGAUGGAAGAAGGCAGACACAGGAAGCAGUCCCAUGUCAGGGCCAGGGGACUGGGAAGGACAGGGUCAAUAGUAGGAGUAAGCCUUUGCCCUGAACUAUGGUGACCCACCCCAGACAAGACUAGCCCCUCCCAAACCCCCAGCAGGACAUUGCCAGAAAGAUGAGACUCGUCACCUGCAGUUCCCAGGUCCCAUCAUGCAGCAGCAGCAAACUGCCACCUCUCAUCUUCCAAAGGCACAUGCUGACAGCGCUAGAUACCGGCCACACUCAGGCCUCACACUAGGCUUCUGUAUCCAUACAGAUCUUGGGGAAUGCACACACCUUGGCUGUGAGAGUCUGCCUCCUCAAUCCAAGGGUCUUCCCUCCAGGGCCUUUUCCAUCUCUUUAUGACUGCUCCUCCCUCUACCCUUUAUGCUCUGUUCACACCCACACUCCAGAAAGGAUCAGCUGAGAGUUAAGAGGAAAGCUCUCCCAUCCUAGAAUGAGACCCAGUCGCUACAGGAAAACAUCCCACUGUCCUUCCUUGACCUCCAGCAAAUUCCCAUCAAUCUUCCAAAGUUCCAAUACAAGGUCACCUUCCUGAGAAAUGGCCACCUCCUCCUUUGUGACCUUUGGAGGGAAAGGGCAAGAGCUCUUUGCCCACAUGGACUCGCUUGUCUGUCAACUUUACUGAGCAAAGACCUCUCUGAAGGCUGGGUCUGCUUCUUACCCACACUGUACCUCCAUUACUGUGGCACAGGGUAAGAACUAAAUAGAAUACAAAAGAUGCAGAGUUUGAGAGAUCCAGACAGUGGCAAGAGACUGGGGAUAGUUGGACUCCAAGUGCACAAUGAAGACACCACACAUUCUUUUCAUUGAGAGGUCAGCCUCAAAGAAAGCACUUUCCUAUCCCCUCAGUCCUAAAAAACAACCCACUCAGGAGCUUUAGUUCAAUGAGUGGUAGGGCUAGGCAACUAACUUUUAUUCAUAUAUACGGGGCAUGGGGGAGGGAAAGAGCACAUGCCAAAA